UUGAAUAAAUAAUCGAUAAAUCGUCAGUUCUCAUUAUUUUUGAAUUCUACUAACCCUUUCGACUACAACUAACAUGGACAUGGACAAGCGAUCAUCGGAUUUGGAAGCUGCUCUUCGAAUUGUGCUCCAGCAGACUUUGAACAUCGUUUUGCAAGCGCAGGAGAAGCUCCCCGAGGCAAAUGUGGUACCCUCAACUCCGCCCACCUCACCGAGCACUGAUAUCGGCGAACAAAUGGCAUCGUUCUGGAAUAUUCCAUCACCCAACCCUCCUGCAACCUCUGCCACGUCAUCAACGUCUCCGGAAGAGGAAAUUCCGUGCAUUUGCUUCAAUUGCUGGGGCAACGUGGCGGCCGCCGCAAACUCGAAAACGUGGAAAUCGCCGAAUCAAGCGGAUUUCCGAUCGGCGGCGGCACCGUUGACGGAAGAAAAAAGCCACGCUUGAUUUCUCAAAUAUCGUCAACUGUAUCCAGUGUGUCGAGUGUAAAAUCGGGAACCAAUCGCCAUUUGCUGGAGAGAAAUGAGGUCUUGCAACGAAAAGUGCAACUCCAGAACGAAAUCAUCAAAAAACUGAUCGAACUUGCGAAUCUUGAGUAAUAAAUUAUUCCAUUUUCCUU